AUGAUUGAUCCGCGCUUUGCCAAUGCUGGCGCUGUUCCUGUUGAUGCUGGAUACGGUGCACAGGAAAUGCCCCCUCGUCGUCAUCGUCAUCGUCGUCGUCAUCGUAAACACAAACAUGGCAUUGUUGGUACAUCACCAUUAAGUCGUGAUGAAUCAAUACAUAGAGUAGAUCCUACUGAAGGUGGAUCAGUAGGUACUGGAUAUGGUGUACCAUAUGGUGCCGCCGGUGCAGGUGGUUUUUAUCAACAUCAAGAAUAUACGAGUACCAGUGGUGAAGCUGAAAGAAUACCUGAGCAAUUAGUUGGUCAACGUUCUUCGAGUGCAUUAAAUAAUGAAGUGUCGCAUGUACGCCCAUCGAUUUCACCAGUUGGAGCUGAAGCCAGACCCAGAUAUGAAUCUCAUCAUCGACAUCAUCAUGGUAGCCAUGGUCAUCGACAUCAUCAUCAUCAUCAUCAUGGUCAUGUAACCACUUAUGUUGAUCAUGGUCAUGGAAACGACGAUAUAGUGUUUAUUGAACGUGGUCAUCAAAGCCGUUAUAAUCAAGGACCACCUCCUGGCUUUGAAUUCAAGGGCAUGAUACAAGUUCAAGGGUCUGAUAAAGUGAUUCGUCGACGCCAUCGUAGCCAAGGUACUGGUACUAGAUAUAUACCACGACCUGUACAUGUAGGUCCUUGUCCACCUGGUUGGCAACCAGUGAGUAUACCAAUUGGUUCUGGUUAUCAAUGUCCGCCAUGUCCACCUGGUACUGCUUUAUACACUGGACAAGUAGGUGGAGGUUAUGGUACUCUUGGAUCAUAUGGUGGAAGUGGAUAUUAUAAUUUAGGAUCAAGUUAUCCAGUACCAUCGUCUGGUCAACUUGUAGCUGAUUAUAUUGUUGAAUCGAGCACUGGUGGCUAUGGCUAUCCUGGUGGCUAUAGCUAUUCUGGUGGCUAUAGCUCUGGUUCAGGUUUCGCUAAUGAAGGAGACGAUGAUUACUUCGAAGAACAUCACUCAGGUCGACCAACAAUUAUUGAAGUUUGGCAAAGACGACCCAAAUCUCCAGCAGUCGUAAUAUCACGUUCUUGUUCUCGUUCACGUUCACGAACACGAAGUCCACAACAUGCUACAGCAAUUGAACUUGAACGACUUCGUAGCGACAUUCUUAUAGCUAUCGAACGUAUAUCACAAGGUUUCAGUAGCAAAAUACACUUGAUUGGAACUGACGGUGGUAAUCAAACUCAACCAAUCCGUGAAAUCAUAGAAAGGGAACGAGGAUCUGGUGAAGUUCGAGUGAUUGUACAACCUAUUCAACCGGUCUUCUACAUGCCACGACAACCUGAUGUCACGCCACAUAUACAACCUAUCAUACCAAGCAUUCUUCCUCCUGCUCCUGUUCCGCAACCGCCACCUCCGCCACAAGUUGUCUACGUUCCACGUAAUGUUUACGUGCCUGUCAUUAAACCUGUCUUCGUUCCACGAGAACGUGUUGUUGUACGUCCUCAAGUCAUACAUGUAGCUCGACCUGUACUUGUUGAUAGACCAGUGCCAGUAACACAACGACCAAUCAUCAUUGAUCGUGAACGACCUGUUCCUGUACCAAUACGUACUGCUGGUGUAGCCAAAACAGGUGGUGCUAGAACAAUAAGAGAAGAAUAUGUCUUUCGAGACAAUUUACCUGUCGCUUACGGUGGUCGUUGUCCUGAAUAUGCUGGUGGUAUUAACUAUGGCUAUAUGCCAACACAACAGGAGCAUCAAUAUGCUACCAGCUCAAUUCAGGAAAUAUUCAAUAACAAUCCAGUACCAGGACCAGUAUAUAAUGUAACCGCUCGUAAUACAUAUGGAUACACUCCAAGGGCUGCUCAAUUCAAUUUAAACCAAGGUAGCGGAGUAUAUGGAACGUACACUGAUGUAAUUGGAACAAAUAAUGCAUCAGUAAUCAAUGAUGGACUACUUAAUUGUACAGGUCCAAUUGAAGUACUUGAUACGACUAUUAAUCCUAAUUGGCAAAGAACAGAUCAAACAGCAUUAGUACAACGUUUUGGACGUCCAGCCUAUGAUAUUGUUCAAAGAUCUCAAUCGGCGGGUGGCUUUGGAACAGGUUCUGGUGUAGUAAUCAAUGGUGGUGGUGGUUUUCUGGCAAACAAUGCUUCAUACACGUCACUUCCGAUUGGUAAUAUAAACAAUCUGGGAGGUAUUGUUCAAGAAGUUACAGCACCAAUCGAUCCAUGCAUCAAUUAUUAA